AUGCACGAUCCGAAUUUCAAUGGCACUGACGCAGAUGUGAAUGUUUUGUGUGAACACGACUCAAUGGAGAAGGCAUUGGCCAAGCUAUGGGAUAUGUAUGAGGAGAUUAAGUCAGCUAGGACCAAUGCCAAUCUAGAGAGUUCAUUUGCGAUCCACAACCUGAUAGAAGAGAAGAAGAAACUACAGGAGAAUUAUGACAGUUUGUGUGCUGAUGUGAAUGCUCUUUUUGAUGCCCAGCAGCAAAGGGGUGUGGAGUUAGCCAAUCAAAAGGAGCAGAAGCAAUAUCAUGAAGUGAAGAUUGCUGAGCUAGAAACUGUAGUUGGCAACUUGAAGGCAGAGCUAUCAAAGAAAGAGGAGGAGAAGAAGAAACUACAGGAGAACUAUGACAGUUUGUAUGCUGAUGUGAAUUCUCUCUUGGAUGCCCAGCAGCAGAGGGUGGGGAACUUAAAGGCAGAGCUGUCAAAGACAGAGGAGGAGAAGAAGAAGAUGCUGCAAAACUAUGAAACUAUGAAGAACCUGGCAGGUGCUCAAGCCAAUGUGAUUAGGAACUUGAAGUUCAAUCAUUUGAAGGAGAAGGAGAGGCUGACAGAAGAGAGGCUGAAACUGCAGUAUCAAAUUUCUGAGCUUCAAAAGUCUGAGGAAAAGAUAAAGUUGAAGCUUCAGGGUGUGAAGGCCAUCUUAGAUGAGUAG